GCGCGAGACACAGGGUCGAACGCCUCGCUUAGCAGAUCGGCUCCACGUGCUCUCGCCGUCGUCAGUGCGGCCGCAUUUGUCGACUUCGAACUUCGCUAGGAGUUUGCAGAGAGUUCAGAGACGCUCGUGAGGCGGUCCCGAUUCUUCAAGAUUUUGUGAACUCAAGCCUAUCGAACUUCGAUUCUUUAUCAAGUAUUUAUUUGUCCUGCGCACUAGUGGGAAAGUUGGUGCCGUGUUUGGCGACCCGUCUGGAUUUGGUCAAGUGCGGGCGCCUCGGAAGUGUCGUGGGAGUACCGCUUUUCGCGCGAACUGUCCGUGGGAUGCUAGAUUACAGACCCUCAUUAAUGUUUCGUACAUUUUGAAACAUUCCUGUGCCCAGAUUUUUUUUUGUUUUUAUUGUUUUGUCUUCGACGUCAACUUGGCGUCGGUGUGUUCAUCGGACCCCAGAGGAUACGUCGUCGAUUCCUAAGAAAGAUGAACAGGCUUCGGUUUCAAACGUCGUGAGUGUCUCGUCAUAGUUAGAACGCCGACGAGAAUUUGUCUUCAACCUUGUCAUAUUCCAAUGAAGCUCCUGAAAAUUGGAGUUUCAGUCACUCUUAUUUCUGGAGGUGGAACAAACCGUCAAUAGUCGUUGUCCGUUUGAUUUAUCGCAACUAUAUCCCUGUCUGAAUAUCCAGGCCCUUAACCCGUUGUCACAGCUUAACUAUUUCGUAAAUAUGUAAAAGCAAAACGCCGUGGCGGUAUUGAGCAAACCAAGGACAGUAUAAAUCUCGUUCGUGCAGUGCAUUUGUUUUGUGCUUGUGCUUACGCACCCGCAUGUUUCUUAGUCAAGCAACAGAGCCCUGAAAAAGUACAGAAUCGGACAACCCGUCACUGGCGACCUCCGCGUAGCGAAAGGAACAGACACGUUAGAAUACGUGACUCACCAAAUCUUUCUGGCCACUGUCAAGCUUCCAAGGCUUAAAAAAGAAUGCUUUUGACGGCAGGUGUUUAAUAGUACGUGCGAUUCUCAAAGAUCUCCAUAUCCCUAAGGAGCACACAGCGAAUCAAUGCACUCGAUUAAAAGUAAAAAAGGGUCACAGUGUGACAUCUUCAUGAGCAACUCCAAGCGUCUACAACCCCGAAGUUUACUCGACCAAGCCAGUACUUAGCUGUACCCUACAAGAGACCCUUGCGAGCAAAAAACUCUUCGUCCCGAUGACAAAUCAGACAUUCGAAGACAACGACAGCGCGACGACGUCGCCGCUGCAGGUGGCUCGCGACGUCUACCGCCUGGCAGUGCCCGUCAUGCUCGUCGCCUGUCUUACGUCCAUGCUGUUCAACCUCCUCAUCGUCGAGUCCGUGCGAUUUCUACGUCGAAGCCCCAGUCCCACGCUGUGCUUCAGCCUGAGCCUCUCGGCAGCCAACGCGUACGCCUCCCUGGUCGUGGGAGUGGGCCUCGUGGUCAACAGUCUCCUGCCGGCAGUGUACCACGUACAGCCCCCGAUAUGCGUGUCCCUGUCCCUGGAGGCGUUCCGGCUCACGGGCCUCAUCGCGUCCGUGCUACACCUGCUCGCCCUGGCCAUCAACCACUACAUCGGAAUCCUGCGGCCGCUCCACUACGCAGCCACGGUGACGCGGCGCACAGUCUGGCUAGCCACGGCCACUAUGUGGAUGUUGCCGCUCGCCUUCUUUCUGAUCUACUUCUCCAGCGUGCCGGGCCAGGGCUUCCAGUCGCCGGACUGCAGCUACGAGUUCAUCCUGUGGAGCACCUUCCGCGUCACUCUAUCCUUCCUCUUCUUCCUGCCGCUGGUCCUCAUGUGCGCGAUCUACGCGCACAUCUUCAUCCUGGUGCGCCGUCACCAGCAGGGCGCCGGUCUCUCGGCCCAAGUGCCCAAUCAGCUGCGCAAGAGCGUCAAGGCCGUCCACACGACGCUGCUCAUCCUGGGCACCUACCUCCUCGGAUGGGUGCCCGCCGUGCUCUUCUACGUGCUCACCUGCCUCGACUGCGCUCUGCCCAUCACGUCGCUGCCGCUGGACGUUCGGCUCACCUUCGGCAUCCUCACCAACUCGCUCGUGCUGCUCAAGUCGUUCGCGGACCCGGUCAUAUACGUCGUGCGCAUGCGCGAUAUCCAGGACGCCUUCAGGCUCAUGUGGAAGUCCCGCUGCGGUCUCGUGGAAGCCCCGCGAUCCGCCGACCUGCUCCGCCUUGCCCACUCCAGGACCGACACGCAGCGGAUCGCCAACGGCUCGCACAAGCAACGGCCCCAGAUCAGCUAACAUGCGGGCCGUUGGCGUGCCAGUCAGUCCUGCGAGGACUCGCCGUCGCAGCGCUGCUCGUCAGUGAACUGACGUUAUUGUGAGAUCAUCAGACCCAGAGAUUGCGACGCAGUGGAACCACGUCGGAGACAAGGUGCUCUCUUUCUUCCUGCAGAACUACCUUUACAAGGUUAUUAUAGUCCUUUAAUCGAUCAUUGUUGCGAUGCCAUUUCGUGCGUAUUUCCCACAGGCAUAAAUGCGCGCCGUACUCCCUUUUGUUGCUCAUAAUUGUACCUGAAAAAAGGGUACGAGCCCAGUGCCCGGUGUGGCAUUAAAGUGUGUUACUAUUUCAGUUGAUACUGUCCGUUUCUUGUGAUUAAACAGCGACUAAAUUCGACCGACCUUAAAUUUGGUAUUCCAUAAUGCCCGUGUCCCACUAGAGCGACAGAC